UGGGGCAAGAAGCGAGAAAAAGGGGUAGGAAAAGGAGGGGCGAGCGUUGGCAACAAACAAGCCGUCUUUAUUGGGGAAAUUUCAAUUUCGUAUAUUUCCAGGAGUCUCAGACUCUGUGUAUCUUCUGCUCAUAACUGAAACUACGAAUUGCCGCAGCAAGUGAAGUAAGUGAUAAAGGAGGAGUAUCUGUAAGAUCGUUUGGAAAAUAGGCCCUUCUAAUGGCUAUGUUCGGAUCAAACAUGGCCGGCGAGGUUGGGUUGCGGUUACUUCUCUGUCCCCUUGGUUCUAAUGUUGUCACCAGAACAGCGUGCUGUUCUGUUGGAAUGGUUUUGCCUGUUUACUCUACUUUUAAAGCAAUUGAAACAAGGGAUCAAAAUGAGCAGCAGAAGUGGCUAUUGUACUGGGCAGCUUAUGGAUCUUUUAGUAUUGUUGAGAUGUUCACAGAUAAAUUUCUCUACUGGUUUCCUCUCUAUUAUCAGAUGAAGUUUGCAUUUCUUGUUUGGCUUCAGCUUCCUUCUGUUGAGGGUGCAAGGCAAUUGUAUGUGCAUCAUCUGCGCCCAUUCCUUGUCAGGCAUCAAGCUAGACUUGAUCAAAUUGUAGGAUGCUUGUAUGGUGAAAUGGCUAAAUUCGUCAGUUCCCAUCAAGCAGAAUUCCAAUUUGCUAAGACACUUCUUACAAGGAUAUUACUAUCAGCUCGGAAUAUCAUUCGCCCCGGGCAACAAAUCAAUGGUGCAGUUGAAGGUCCAAGAGAGCAUGUAGAGACUUCAGAAUCAGAAGACGAGGAAUAAUGAUGAAGUAAUAUGUUUCGGCUCCCUCAAAGCACACAAAAACUAUUGUUGAUUGUGUUCGGAUCCAUUGCGUUUUUAAGCUCCUGAUAGCCUGGGGCACACUAGUAUUAGGGCGUUUCAAAGUUCAAACCAUGAUGUUCGCGAAGAGUUGGGACUCUGGAGCUGACUUUUUUCCCGCCCUUCCCCCAGAGAAAUGUAUAUCUAGUUGCUUUGCAGUAUUUGGUCUUUCCGUGGUGCGUCUGUAAAUUGGUCGUUUAGAUGUUGUAUAUACUACGGAUAACAAACGUUUGGAAGCAAGUCAGAUAUAUUUAUGGAAAUACGCUGCCCGAUACGCACUUGUAAAUC